CCCCCUACUCUGCCAUCAGUCCAUUCCAUCAAAGCAACGUCUUCGCCAAUCAAACACUCUGACUCAAUUUAACCGAUCAGAGAUCGAAAGCUUCGUUCAGUCAGCAAUGGCGGACACUCUUGCUUCGCUGAGGUCUCUGAUGGCUUCACACUCCCCUCCUCUGGACGCCUUGGUCGUUCCAUCCGAAGACUACCAUCAGAGCGAGUACGUGUCUGACCGGGAUAAGAGGCGUGGGUUCGUGUCGGGAUUCACCGGGAGCGCCGGUCUCGCGCUAAUAACGAUGAGUGAGGCACUGCUGUGGACCGAUGGCCGGUACUUUCUGCAGGCAAUGCAAGAGCUGAGUGAUCAGUGGAAACUCAUGCGUAUCGGAGAAGUCCCUGUUGUUGAAAUAUGGAUCACAGAUAAUAUGGCGAAAGAUGCAACGAUUGGUGUUGAUCCCUGGUGCAUAUCGGUAAACACUGCACAAAAGUGGGAGCGUGCUUUUGCGACAAAACUUCAAAAGCUUGUCCCGACUUCCCCCAACUUGGUGGACGAGGUCUGGAAAAACCGGCCCGCCGAAGAGAUAAAUCCUGUAACUGUACAUCUGUUAGAAUUCGCUGGCCGCUCUGUUACUGAAAAACUCAAUGAUUUGAGAGAAAAACUCAUACAGGAGAGAGCUCGAGGCGUAGUUUUUACGGCACUUGACGAGGUUGCUUGGUUGUACAACAUCAGGGGCAGUGAUGUGUCUUACUGCCCUGUGAUUCAAUCAUUUGCUAUCGUAACAUCAAAUUCAGCUUUCCUUUACGUCGACAAGAGGAAGGUGUCUCCCGAGGUGAAUGCUUACUUGAAGGGCAGCGGGAUUGAAGUACGGGACUAUGCUACCGUAAGCACGGAUGUUGCUUUACUUGGGUCAGAUCAGCUUAAGCCUUCCUCCGCUGCGGAAAAUGGGAUUGUAGCCGAUGGGGUUCCUGUCGAGGCAGAGAAAGCAGAGACUGAUGAAAGUGUCGAUUUGAUAUGGAUUGAUCCUGCUUCAUGUUGCUAUGCUUUGCAUUCCAAGUUAAAUGCUGACAAAGUAAUACUGAAGCAAUCUCCUGCAGCACUUCCAAAAGCUUUGAAGAACCCUGUUGAGUUAGAAGGUCUGAAGAAAGCACACAUUCGGGAUGGUGCGGCAGUUGUGCAAUAUCUUGCCUGGCUGGACAAGCAGAUGCAGGACAACUAUGGUGCUUCGGGAUAUUUCUUGGGGGGAGAAACAAAGAAGCUGGGGCAAUCUGAGAAACUGACAGAGGUGACUGUAAGUGAUAAAUUAGAAGCAUUUCGAGCUUCAAAAGAGCAUUUUCGCGGUUUGAGUUUUCCUACCAUUUCUUGUGUUGGCCCAAAUGCUGCAAUCAACCAUUAUAGUCCAGAAGCUGAAACUUGCGCGGAAAUGGAUCCAGAUAAAAUUUAUCUCUUUGAUUCUGGAGCACAGUACCUUGAUGGCACAACAGACGUAACUCGAACAGUUCAUUUCGGGAAACCUUCAGCUUUCGAGAAAGCGUGCUAUACCGCGGUGCUGAAAGGUCACAUUGCUCUUGGUAAUGCUCGAUUCCCAAAUGGAACCGAUGGUCAUGCACUCGACAUCCUUGCCCGAGCAUCUCUUUGGAAGGAUGGCCUUGAUUUUCGUCAUGGCACUGGGCAUGGAAUCGGAUCAUAUCUAAAUGUUCAUGAAGGUCCGCAUUCAAUCAGUCCAAAGCCCCGUAGCGUGCCAGUGCCACUACAGGCUUCAAUGACCGUUACUGAUGAACCCGGCUACUACGAUGACGGAAACUUCGGCAUCAGAAUAGAAAAUCUGCUGGUAGUCAAGGAGGCUGAUACCAUAUACAAUUUCGACAACAAGGGUUACCUGACAUUUGAGCACAUUACUUCGGUGCCCUACCAGACGAAGUUGAUGGACCUGAGACACUUGACGCCUGAAGAGAUAGAGUGGCUCAACAGCUACCAUUCCAAGUGCCGGGAUAUUCUGGCUCCUUAUUUGGACGAGACCGAGAUGUCAUGGCUGAGAAGAGCGACCGAGCCUGUAAGCGCUUGAGCGAGGUCUCCAUUCAUUUGGAAUCUGCCUAUAUAAGUAACUUAUUCUAUGCGGUGUUCAUAAAUCUUAUAUUGGAUUUCGCCUUUAUCCUCUAAUAAAAAUAGAACUUUUGAGCUUAUUAUUACUCAGCUUUUUCGUUCUUAUUUAGUGCCCGAUGGAUAUUGCCAUGACAGAUAAUAAUAGUACAAAGGCGCGUAUGUUGUGCUUGAUUAUUCAUUAA